UUAUUAAAAAAUUUAAUUGGAAACAUUUGCUGUUGAAAAACACUUUUAUAUUAUCUUCAUUGUUUAACUUGAAAACACUUUGUAUAUAGCAACAAACAAUCACAACAAAUGAUUCGGUCCAAAAUAUCGAUAUUGACGUGAUUGUUUGUUUUGUAAACAAAGAUGUUUUCUCAUUUCAUUUAUAAACCUCAAAAUUUUCCGUUACUUACGAACGUUAGUAUUUUAUUGAGAAAUUUAAUAAUUUUUGUCAAGAAAUUAAUUUUUUAUAUCGAAUAAUUAUAUGAUUAUUUGUUCAACAUGCCAAAUUUCGUGGCGACGCGCAGUUUUCAAACUUCGUUGAAGAUCGAGUCGUUGUUCUUUGUCAGAUACGCCUGGAUAUAUCUGUUAAUUUUUGUAAUAAAUAACCGAGAUAGUAGUUACAUUGAUUAGUUCUUAAUAAAACGGAACAAUUUUAAAAGAGAAUCACUUUCAUAUUGUUAUUGUCGUGUUAAUAUUAAUACAAUAAUUCGUAGCGUCUGUUCACGUGCAUCAAGACAACCGGCAUGCCGCCAAAACGUGGUCGAGGUUCAAAGGCAAACUCUACAGAAACCAAAAAUGAAAAACAAAGUAAGGCGUCGAAAGCACAAGAAGUGUCUGGUAAAAAAUCUAAACGUGCUAGAAAUGAUAAUGAAGAACCUGCACCGAAGCGUGCCAAGACAGAGCCAAAGCAGAUGAUGAAUAAAGUAGAUACGAAUUGGGAUGAAAUCGACUUUGGAUGUGAGAAAUUAAAUGCGGAAGGAAAUAAGUAUAAUUUAAAAAUUUCUAGCUGGAAUGUUUCUGGAAUAAGAGCAGUUAUUAAAAAAAGUGGAAUUGAAUAUAUUGAAAAAGAAGAUGCUGAUAUAGUUGCACUGCAAGAAACCAAAUGCAAUAAAGAUAAAUUACCAGAAGAAAUUAAGUUGAGCGGAUAUCACCGUUAUUUUCUUGACAGUAAAAAAUCUGGCUACUGUGGUCUUGCCUUAUAUUCAAAAGAGAAACCAAUUGAUGUAAAAUAUGGUCUAGAUGAUCCUGAAUUUGAUGAUGAAGGCAGGCUAAUUAUGGCAGAAUACCCCAAGUUUUAUCUAAUUAAUGUUUAUAUUCCCAAUGCUGGCCAAAAGUUGGUAACAUUACCAAAAAGAUUACAGUGGAAUGAGGUUUUCAAGAAUUAUAUUAAAGAGCUGGAUGAAAAGAAACCAGUCAUUAUUUGUGGUGAUAUGAAUGUUGCACAUCAAGAAAUAGAUCUCACAAAUCCUAAGACAAAUACAAAAAAUGCUGGAUUUACCAAAGAGGAACGAGAAGGUAUGACAGACUUCUUAGCUGCAGGAUUUGUAGAUACAUUUAGAGCUUUGUAUCCUGAGAAAACUGGUGCUUAUACAUUUUGGUCAUAUUUUGCUAAUGCGCGUACUAAGAACAUAGGAUGGAGAUUGGAUUAUUUUUUGGUAUCUGAACGAAUUAAAGAUCAAGUUUGUGAUAAUGUUAUUAGAGACAAGGUAUACGGUAGUGAUCACUGUCCAAUUGUUCUUUACAUUAAUAUAUAAGAAAAAAAUUUCGUGUGCUUGAAUUAUAAUCAUUGUACUUAAUAUAUUUUGUUUUUUGAGAAUAAAAUUAUUUAUAGAAUAUCUUA